AUGAACGAGCUCAAAUGGAUUCAAACUUCUUUACUUCUCACAGCGCUGCUUCAGUUUGCUGCAGCCUCAUUUCAAGUUAAAGAACUCACAUUCAGAGUUGGAGAGGACGCCACGUUGUCUUGUGAAAAUGCGAUACAAGAUCAACAGAAGUGUGAAUAUACAACAUGGUACUUAAUUGAUUCAGGAAACACAGCAGUAGACCUGGUUGUAGAUGGUCAGAUUAUAAACUCUGGAGUUAAAUCAGACAGACUGAGAGUUACAGAGGACUGUUCUCUGGUUAUAAAGAAGAUCACAGAGGAGGAUGCUGGACGUUAUGUCUGUCAACAGCUUAUACCAGGAAGAAGAACAGGCUCUGUGACUCUAGUUGAUCUAUGGGUUACCAAGAGUGAGGACGCCAAACCAUCACCAACAAGACCACCACCACCACCACCACCACCAACAAGACCACCAACAACAAGACCACCAACAAGACCACCACCACCACCAACACCAACAACAAGACCAACAACAACAACAUCUACUGCGGCUGCAGGAGAUUGUACAGGUUCUUGUGAUCUGGACUUGGUCAUGUUGGCUCUGCGUGUGGCUGAACUCCUCCUGAUUACUGUGAUCACUGUUCUUCUCUUCAGAGCUCGAGGGAACCAGAGACCACCUGAUGACAUCACUGUGUAUUAUGAUGGAGAUGAAGGCUCAGUGAACUAUGAAAAUGAUGGAGAACCUUCUGCUUCUGUCACACUCCACUGAUCAACAACUUCCACACAAACAUCCACUCAGCAGAUACAUUAAUCCACCACUUUUAAUCAUUUCUAUAUCGUACUUUUGAGCAUAAAAACAUGGAUCCACAUUUCAUUUGAGGUACUAAGUGAGGAUUUGAUUUAAUGUGCUCAUGUGAAAUAUGAUGUUGAUAUUUGUUACGGCCUCCUUAACCAAAAGGACGCAAGAAAUAUUUAAAGUUCAACCUGAGCUUCAUUAAAUGUAAACACCCCCUCCCCCCAAAGUAAUCAAAGAUAAAUAAGAAACCAAAGAAACAACAAGGGGCUGGAGACCCGGACAAAAAGAACAAAAGAUGGGAAGACGCCAAGCCAACCACGUAAAUGGGGUGGGUAAUUGGGUAAAUCUUCAUUUUUUGCCAACUUGGCAGAAAAUAUAUAUAUUUUUUGUAGAUAACUUAAUUUGUAUAAAGAUUUUCAGAUUGUUUUAUGUUUAAAUGUUAGUAUGAUCAAAUUUUAAUCACUUUGUCCAAUAAACUUUUGUGUCUUAUUGUUGCUUCAAUAUAUUUGAUUGAAUGUGUAUAUUUUACUUAAAGGAGAUCUAUUAUCCUCACUUUCACCAUUAAUCAUGUCAGUCUGGGACACCUAUUGAGUAGCAUUGUGAGAUGUGUAGCUCAAAAACCUUCUUAUUUAUGUCUGUAAAAUCCCUCAUAUCAGCCUCUGUGUGAAACGGUUCAUUUCAGCUGCUGUCU